CCCUAUUUAUUUGUUUACUUUUUUUUCUGCUUAUUUCUCGUUUUAUUGAAUUCACUGUUCAUCUUUCAUUAAUAAUAAAACUGUAUUUUUUUUCUGAUAACUUUAAAAAUAUGCACAAUAAGGAAACUGUAACGACUUCUUUAACUUAUUAAAAUGGAAGGUAAUGAAAUGAACGUGUUCUCACAGGUAAAUUCUGGAGAAGUAGUAAAAGGUGAUCAUUUAACGGAGAACAUAUCGCGGCAAAAUAAAGGUGUAUUUGGACAUUUUGUUGAGGAAUCUACUCUGAGAAAUGUUUCAUUAGAUGAAUUAGAAGAAGUUAGUGAGGUUGAAUGUGUAACUGAUGGUAACAUUAGAAGAACACCUAGUUCUGUGAGCAGUGAACAACCUGAAACAGUUGCUGUUCUUGUAGAAUGGCAUAAUAGCUACUUCAGAUCAUCAGAAGGCUUAUUGAGAAUUUGCCUAUUGACAUGCUGCUCUAUAAGUUUAGGCUGCGUUACAAAUGCUGGAGAGGUUUCUUCAGACGUUUUGGAUAUGCCAUUCUCUUCAUCUAUCCGUGCACAUAUAUUUGUUACAGUAUUUGGAAUUCUUUUGUCACUUUCCUUCUUUAUUCUGGGGGUUACUUCCAUUAUUGAAAGCUUUCCAGUCUAUUGGAAUAUUAUUGACGCUGCUCUCCAUGGAAGUUUAUGUGCCCUUUUACUCUUUACCUCAGCAAUGCUUCUUCAUGCUGAACAUUUUGCUCGCAAUGCAGAAAUAUUAAUUUCUGAAUGGACCAAGUUACAGUUAUCAUUGGCUGCUGUAUUUGGCUUCCUUGCAACCUUAAUAUGUGUUUUCAUUACAAUUACACGUUCCUGUGCAAGCAAAACACCCUCUAUUCCAGAAGACAUAAUGUUGACCUCACUUAGGUCUAGUUAACCUGACAUUUUUCGUAAUUAUGUUUUUUAGAUAUAUACAAAACUGCUUUAUUGAAGUUAUUGUUUUGGAUCAUAGCUAUAACUGUUCUUCUGCUCUACAAUAUUUAUAAUCUUGUGGUGCCAUACUUUGUGAUCAAAUUGUGUAUUAUGUGUAAAAAUGUAUCAAUGCUUAUC